AUGCGCCUCGCUCAAGUUGUGGUCGUCAUCGCUGCUUCCUUCCUGGUUGCCACUGACGCUCUUUCGACCACGAACGCAAACCAGGCCAAGAUCAUCAAAGGAACGUCGCCCGGUGGCCACAGCCCACGACUUCUGAGGGCCUACCAACCUGAUGAUGAAGGCGAUUCCCCCGAAGAUAGGACGCUGUCGAAAGCUCAGGUGACAAAAAUCCUUAACAAACUAGGCAAAGAUGUCACCUGGGACCACGUCAUGCGGAACCCGGCUUUGUUCCAAAGAUACCAGAAGAAGGCUAACAAGAUCAUUGAGAAGCAAAAGGCAGCAGCGAAAAACGCGUAG